CCACGUUCAGUUUCUUCGUGAAAAUCGUGCCCGUUCAGUGUGCGGCGUACCCGUUCAGUGCCCAUCCGGCUUUCCUGUCGCGCGGUGACGUCUGUCAGUCGUUUCCCGGCCACUCUGUGACUGAGCUCCCCAGUGGAACGACGCCACCCAGACUUUUUCCGGGAGUACUUACUUGGCCUGCUGUUGUUGGACUCUCUCGCCUCGCCGAAAGAUUCGCUCUUCUGGUCGUGUUUCUCCGGGAUUCGACUUACAAUUGUAUGUGGCCUUCAGUGAAGGAAAGUAUGAAAUAUAUUCCAAGAAAGCAUCGUAGUGACGCUGCUUGCAGUAUAAAAGAAAUCUCGUACUCUGCUGAAAAGGAAAAGUAAUUCUGCUGGGGAUGUGCAGGAAGUGUUCAGAAGAGAAGUGUCUUAGCGCACGAAGCUUGGCUGCUUAGUAUUUGGUACUCAGAAAACGUUCCUAAGGAACAUCACCUUAUCAACAGGAGGAUAUCAGAGAAUGACGUGAAAAAUGGAUGGUUACAACAUGAUGACUUUAAUUCUGGCACUAGUAGUAUCACUGAACUUGCUAGUGUCAGCAGAUACUUCAGGCUCUAGUAGCCCAAACUGGGAAGAGAAUCCAUUGUGUUCUCGUUACAACAAUGAUGAUGGAAUUUACAUGGAAUGUCCAAUGGUAUCACUAACUACUGUUGGGGAAGUCUUAGGCCUUGUAAAAGAACCAUUAAAAUCACUCCGUAUUUAUGAUCUUGAAAUGGAAGUCACUACCUUACCAUCCGGGAUAUUCAAGCACAGUGCUGGUGUCAUGAGCCUGCAGAUCUCUCACUCAAAUGUUAUGAGCAUAGCGGAUAAUAGCUUUCAGGGGCUGGAAAGGUCUUUGGAAACCCUUACUAUCAAACACUGCAAGUUAUCAGACAUUCCAGAAGCAGCAUUACGCAAACUUACACGCCUUACUGAUCUUGACCUUCAAAUGAAUAAUAUUACGGAGAUCCCAAGUUUUGCUUUUGCAAAAAUGAUUAUAAAGACAUUAAACUUCCAGGGCAAUAUGAUAAAUCUUGUGUCUGAUUUUGCAUUUGAUGGACUAGAGGAAACGCUUGAAGACCUGAACUUAAUGAAUAAUGAUUUAAAAGAGCUCCCAGUCAAUGCGUUAAAGAAAUUAAAAAGUAUGACAAAACUGAAGGUUGCCUGGAAUCAUAUUACUGACUUUACUACACAAGAUAUCCAGCUGGAAGCUCUUGAGUAUCUUGAUCUCAGUAGUAAUAAAAUUCGAAAACUCAAAAGUAACAGCUUGAUAGGGUUGCCGAACCUUGUGUCACUUUCUCUUUACAUGAAUUCUAUUACUAUUAUUGCGAAAGAUGCCUUUAGAGAAAAUGUUAACCUAGAAACACUAUUUUUGGGCAACAAUAAUAUAAAAGAUUUAGAUUCAAAACUAUUCAAGCACACACAAAAAAUAAGUGUGAUUGAUCUAGGCAAUAACAACAUUCAUUCAAUAAAUGAUGGGGUGUUUAGUAGUCUUCCUCAGCUUCAGGAACUAGUGCUUUCUAGCAAUAACAUAAGAGAGCUGAUGCAAGAAACAUUUCAGAAUUCUCCAUCCAUCAGAAUUUUGAAUCUAGAACAAAAUGCUAUCAGACUUAUAGAGCCAAAUACAUUUAGUGGAAUGCCAAGCCUUGAGACUCUACUGCUAAGUCACAACAACAUACAUGAGGUCUAUCCAAGAAUUUUUAGUUCAAAUAUCAAUCUGAAAGUUCUAAAAUUAGACCAUAAUGGAAUAAAAGAUUUGAGUGAAAUAGCAUUUAAGAAUACAACAAGGUUAGAAAAGCUUGCUCUCCAUAAAAAUCACUUAAGGACAGUGAGCCCAGGGCUAUUUUCUCGUCUUUUAGAGCUAAAGGAGUUGCAUAUGCAUGGCAAUGAAAUAAGAGCAAUACCUUCAGGAGCUUUUUCAAAUCUCCAUAAGCUAGAAUUCUUAAGCUUACAGGAGAAUCAGAUAUUAACUGUGCUAGAUACAUUAAAUCACAACUCAAAAUCUCUCUAUUCACUGAAUCUUUCAGGUAAUGAGAUUAGUAUAAUCAAUACCAAAGCUUUCAAGGGCCAGAAUAGCUUAGAAACAUUAAGGCUCGACAACAACAAUAUAUCUUCUAUUACUAAUGAUAUAUUCAGUGAUCUUACAGCAUUAUCACAACUUUAUCUUCAAAAUAACCAUAUCACCCAAAUAGAUGAUGAUGCUUUAUCUAGUCUGACAAGUCUUCAGAAACUGGACAUUUCAGAUAACUUUCUUGUUAAGAUUAGUGAAAAAACAUUUCAAGGCUUAUCCAGAUUAAGAGAGCUUUACUUGCGCAACAAUGCAAUUGAAGAAAUAGCUCCUAAUUCAUUCCAAUGGAUGACUGAGUUAGAGAAUCUUGAUCUCUCUGGAAAUAUGCUACCAGUUGUAAAAAAAGAAUUCUUUAACACAGAGCUAUUCAUUAAGGAACUAAGCAUAAAUGAUGGCCAAAUAAAAAAGAUAGAAGAUGGAGCACUUGAAGCACUGGUGUAUUUAGAGAGCCUUAGCCUGAGAGGAAAUAAACUACAAACUCUUGAUUCGAGUUCGCUCAGGUUAACUCAGUUAUACAAACUAGAUUUAAGCAGCAACAACUUCCAGACACUAAAUCCUAACAGUCUCACUGCUCUUCCAAACUUAGAGGAAUUAAACCUCAGUAACUGUAAUAUUGAAAAUAUUCCUGAUAAUUUUUUCGAUGCUAGCAUAUCUCUGAAAACUCUCAACCUAGCAAAAAACAACAUAAAGCACUUAGGAACAGGAACCUUUGCUGGUUUAUCUGAUCUUGUUAACCUUGAUAUAUCAGAAAAUGAGCUUCAAGUAGACAGUUGUAGAGCUUUCUUAAGCACAAGUAAGCUUCAAUAUUUGUCCAUCAGCGGGAACCCCUUCAUAAAUUUAUGUCCCGUACUAGGAGAUUUAAAAAGUUUAAGAAAACUCGAAGCUUCCAAGAUAUUACUGACGGAAGUUAACAAGGAUACAAUUGCACGGUUAGGUCAUCUCAAACAACUAGAUAUUUCAGACAACAUGAUUGUUGAUUUUCCAACUGGAAGUUUUCAUAAAUCCUCCAUACAACGUUUAAAUUUAGGCGGUAAUCUGCUGACGCAGCUUCCCAAUGCGAUUUUCAAGGACAAUAUGGAAAAGCUAAAAGCGCUGAACGUAACUGGAAACCCCCUGCACCGAAUAACUGGUCCAGAGGUGAGCAAGAGCAUGAUCUUAGACUCUCUUGAAAGGCUGGAAGCAGCGCAAACAAAUCUCACAGUUAUUACGAGCCUUGAGUUUUCACACUUGCCAAAUCUUCGAUCACUGAAUCUAGAAGGAGGAGCCAUAAGCAAAGUUUCACCAGGAGCCUUCAGAAGUCUGUCUCAUCUCAAUCAGCUUAGUCUUGGUUACAAUCUGUUAGAAAUACUGCCACGAGAAAGAAUGAGAGGGUUAACUUCUCUAACACAUUUAAACCUCACAAGAAACAGGAUAAAAAAGUUCGAUCAACUUCCAUCUGACGCCCAGAAUUUGAAGGUGAUUGACAUUUCCGGUAACAUGCUGACAGAACUUGAUGAAACCACCUUCAAGCAUACAGAGGGAUUGGAGGAAGUCAUUCUGCGAGAUAACUGGAUAACUUCAAUUCAUCCAAAGGCUCUCGAACCCUUGACUCAUCUGAAGGUUCUGGAUUUAAGCCAGAAUAAUGUCGAAGUACUCCAACCUUCAAUUCUUGCAGCAGUGGAGCGUACAUUAGAUACAUACAGGAUUGAUGGUAAUCCAGUUAUUUGUGGAUGUGAGACGCUGGAAUUGUGGUCGUGGUUGCAAAACCAUCCCUCUGAAGUUAAACACCCCAACUCUAUAUACUGUGAUCUGCCUGAGAGACUGCGAGGAGAGCCUUUCCUUCAGUUAUCAGCCUCCGCUUUCUGCCCCCAACCUCUGAUUCUUCGGUUGGCGAUCCAAGACAUUCAGAGCCAGUCCUUCCUGGUCACCUGGCAGGCUGCGAAUACUUCGACAGUUUAUGGUUAUAAGGUAACGUACCAAGCAAUGAAUCAAGAAGAUGAGUCGGACGGAGACUUGGUUAGCAGCCGCCUUGCGGUUCAUUCUUCACCCACGAUAGGAUUAUCAUCAAGGAGCUACCUUCUGGAGGAACUCCAGCCUAGCACUGAGUACCAGAUCUGUGUUCACGGUCUUACGAAGUCGAUCGGUCUGGCACGAUCACACACGGUAGCUUCGGCCUCUGACGAGCAACAGGGAGAUGGAGCCCGAUGCACGAGGGGACACACGCUUUCCAUCCCACCAGCCCCCGCCACGGGAACAUCAGGGGGCCGAGUGGGAAUCAUUUUAGGAAUCAUUCUGGCUGUGGCCCUUUUGUUGGGCAUCGUCGUCGCAGUGGUGUGGUACCGCGUCUGUCGCUCCCAGGGUGGACGUGGUCAAGGGUCAACUAAACGAGCCAAUGGAGCCCCUCCAGAUUACUAUAGCCAUUUCCAAGGGCGCCAUCCGCACCAUCAUCAGGAUGACGACGAAUUUGCCUGCUAAUGCUUCCGAGCUCUUGGUUCGCUGGGUCCACGUGUGCUAUUAUCUGUAUGCUGAAAUUGCGCGAGGUUUACGCAAAACACUGCCUUCAAAUCUCCGUUCUCUCGAUUUUCACUCGCUGAAUCUUUGGAAAGAGAUUAUGGAUAAUGAUCGUGCUCUCCGAUUAUUUGAAGAAAAAAAAAAAAAGAGAUAGAAUAUGAAGGGCUACAGAUGCUUUGAAUCUCAAGUCGCGUGAUUAAGUGCAAGUGAUUAAGAUUCCCCGCCGUAAGCUGGUCAUCUUAAACAAUGGGCGGGAAAUUGAUGCUGCGCCAUGAAUACUGAUUUUACAGAAAUGAACGAGUGACUCUAAAUCGUAGCGCAGUGAUCCCGAAAGACCAAAGGGACCAGAACGUGAUAUAGUGAAAUAAUACGAUUAAACUAAGAGAUACCAGAAUAGCUUUAUUCAUCGAUAAGGACCUACCUGUAGG